AUGAUAAAUCGUUCUUGUUUGGAAGCCUUAAUAACAAGGUAUUUUCAAGUUGGAUAUAGGGUUUUACUAAAGGAAGAGUUCGCAAGUAGCGUCACAAUGUUAACGCCCGUGGUGUGGUUGGCGAUAUGUGUUGCUGCUCUGGAAGCUCAGACUCCGGCCCAAAGAUACGAAGAUAUAUUGGACGAUCUACUGGUGGAUUCUCCCGAGUGCCCUGGUUGUCCUUAUGAGACUGGUUCUGACUGUUGUCAUUUCCAAGUGAAACGAGCAAGACCCGGACGCGCUAUAGCAAGGCGUCAAGAGCAGAGGUGUCAAACUGGGCUUGCGUGGAACAAUGACCUGUGCGAAUGUUCUAAUUCUGUGACUGGAUGCGAUCCUUUGCAAUGUUCAGCAAGUGAAAAUGCAUUUGUUCAGCCAACUGGAUGUCCUGGUAGAGUAGGCGACGAACCACUGCAAGGAAAUGAAUGCUGCAUCGAAGCCCUCUACCAGAAGUACACGCUAAUCAACUUGACCCACUAUUAUCUUAAUGAUGAUACGAAAAGGCUAAACUGGUGUCCAGAAGGCCAGAUGAUGAAUCUCAAAGAAUGUGCUUGUGAAUGGCCUUCGGGAGUUGCACCGAAGCAGGCAUCUUGUAGAUACUGGCCUUUUGAGAAAGAGACAGGCACACGCGACAUCUACCAACGCACAUAUCGAGUAAACCGUGGAGUUGUGAUCAGUGAAGGACACAACACCAAAAAUGGUCUGUUAGUCCGUAAGAAGAGAGCAUUAAACCUCCAUUUCUCUAUUAGAGGAGGUUCAUUCAGCAUUGCAUUUUGGGUAAAAACAUUUGCAAAUAUGACUGAUGGGGGCACUUUCAUUCUAAACAAUGGAGGAAAGACCACACAACCUACUGUGGCAUUCGUCUUAAAUGGUAAUACAAUUUCUGGGGGAAUUCGAACAGAAACAGAAAAUAACACACCAAACCCAACUGCUGACCACUUGUUCCAGCCGCUCAAUGGAGAUGGGUGGCACUUUGUGGCAUUCAUUUACGAAGACCCACAAUCGACACUCUACACAGACACCUCUAAGAAUUCUGUGACUCAAGGUGGCGGUGAGAUUGCACGAAACAGUUGCAUAAUGCAGAUUGGUGGAACCAAGAAACAGCGACUUUUUAUAGAUGAGUUGGUCAUCUGUGACUUUGCGUUCACAGAGCUUCAAGUGACUGAUUUAAGAGGGACGGGAGAAGUUCCAGAUAGAAUGCCAGGACAGUAGAAAGAAUCGGAAUCACUAUACAAUGUUGAAGUACAUUACAAUAUUAAAACAUUAAACUCACCAUUAAAUUCAUAUUCGCUGUGUUUUGUGCCAGAUAACUUAAAU